GGAAGCGCGUGCUCGAGGGCCGCGCGGGCGGUCACGUGGCCGGCGGGGGGCGCGGCGGGAAGGGCCGCGCGGCGCGAUGUUGCAGCUGCUGGAGAAGCUUCCGCCGGGACGGGCCCUGGAGUAUACUGACUGCACUCAGGAAGCAUUGUUCCUUUAUACAAUAGUUGAUGGCAUAUGUGGCCGUGCAUACCCUCGAUACCAGGAUUAUGGCAGUGUUUGGAGCUUGGCAGAGUGGAUGGAGGUUUUAGAAGAAACAGUGACGUAUUUCAAAACUUCAGUUGGCAAAAACAUAUCUGAUGAAGAGGCUGCUCAGCAGAUACAUGAGUUAAAUUCGAGCUAUCAAGAAGCAAUCACAAAAUGUCUAAAAGGCAGAAAGGAGGAAAUCAGGAAUGCACUAGUGGAAAGAGUGAAUGCAAUCUCUUCUGCCCAGCUGCAGGAUUUUGACUGGCAGUUAAAGCUUGCUCUCUCCAGUGAUAAGAUCUCUAUGCUGCAAAUGCCACUUCUCAAUCUUGAUUUGGAUGUGAGAGAAAAUGGUGAAAUUAAACCAAUUUCUAUAGAGAUGAAUAAGGAAGAGUUGCAGAACCUAAUAAAUGCACUGGAAGCCGCUAACAAGGUGGUUUUGCAGCUGAAAUGAUGGAAUUCAGAGCAUUGACAGAGUCUGUUGGCAGUGGCUCCCCAGUGGACUUGGAAAAAAAGAAAGUUCUCUGCAAAGCCGAGAGUUACUGACGCUGUAAAAUACUGAAGUGAGAAGGCUGUUCUGACUCAUGACCAAAAAAAUUAUCCAUCCUUUGAUGAAACUAAAACCUUUUAUCUGUUUGACCAAAAUUACAAAAGUCCACUGUAUGGUUGCUUUUAAUACUAAAGAUUUCUAGAACUACGGAAAAGUAUUGCUCACGAUGUGUGCCAUAUUUGUUUUGGGUAAACUUGAGCAGUGCCUGCACAAGUGCCUUGUAAAGCUAUGGUGUCUUGCUUGCAUGAUCUGUUGUCCUUAUCUAAGGUGCCAUGAUAAUGAAGAACGCAACAGAACACUUGUAGCAUUCAUGUAUUUAUACUUGUAAAUAAACACUUGAUUUUGUGUGUUAAUAAUCACA